AUGACUCAACAAAAUAGAUUCAACGAUUGGAUACAACGUCCAUCAUCUGCUCAUGGCAAUCUUCAAAGUCAUCCAUGUUUUCAAUCAAGUCUAUUAGAUGAUGGUCAUGCACCAGGUACAGUUGAAGAAUGGAGAAAAAGUUUAUCAACUAAUAAACCUCAAUUACGAAUGGCAAAUAUUAAUCGAAAUGCUGAAGAUUAUGAUCAAAAUUUAGAAAUUAAAUCAUAUUUUCAAUCGUUUAAAAAUUUACGACGAUUAACUAUUGCUAAUCCAACUAAUAUACAAGAAUAUGAAGUUAUUCUGUUAAAACGAGCUAAAAGUUAUGCAUUAGUUGGUCUUAAAGGAGAGUUAAAACCAAAAAAAGAAGACGAUGCUGCAAGGGGUCGAAGAACUCUUUCAGCAGUAAAGAAAAUUGAAACAGAAACAGAAAUUGAUGAAAAUAAAAAUUUACCGAUCGAAGAAAGAUUAAACAUCAAUGCACUUGAAUUAUUAAAACGUGCAUUUACUCAAAAUCUAACUCCGGUUGAUCUUGAUAUUGAUGGAUCAGGUGAAAUGACAUUAGAUGAGUUUACUCGAAUUGUUAAACGAUGUAUAGGUUCACAACGAGGAAUUGAUGAACAAAUAGAAAAUUUAUUUAAUAAAAUUGAUUAUAAUGCGGAACAAAUAAUAACAUGGGAUGAAUUAUGUACAUUUCUUCAGCUUAAUUUUAAUGAAAAAGCAGAUGCUGAAUAUCAUGCAAAAGAAAUUUCAUUUUUAAUACCAGCUAAAAUUCAAAAAACACCACACCGAUAUCCUUGUUCAACAAUUAUACUUUCUCCUGAUCAUCAAUAUUUAGCAUUAGGAAGUGACGGAACACUAUCUGUAUGGACACCAAGUGGUGAACUAAAAAUAGCAAAAUCUGUAGCAGCAACUGCAGGUAUUGAUCAAACACUAACAGCAAGAGAACGUCUGGAGAAACGUAAAGAUCAACAAACUCGUUCUCAACCAAAAUGGAUAACAGAUUGUCAAAUAAUACCAGAAUUUAAUAAAGUUGCUGUUAGUACUGGAGAUCGUGAACUUCAAUUUUGGGAUCAAACUUAUUGUUUAAGUACAUCACGUGAAGUUCAAACAAAUGAUCUUCCAUGUACACAAAUAUGUUCAUUAGAUAGUGUACCGAUCAAACUAAAUUAUGGAAUAAUUUCACCCGACGAAUUACUUCUUAUUUAUGGUGAUACAGAUGGUUGUGUUAAUAUUCUUAUAUUUCUUGCUGCUCGAGAAAUUUUUCGUUUAUUAACAACUCUUGAACGUCGAAAAGGUAUUCCAACAGUUAAUUUCGAUCGUUUUCUCGAUGCAUAUAAAUGUGAUUAUGUUCGUUGGAAAGUUCAUCGAGAAUGGAUUGAAUAUAUUUAUUAUGAUUCAAGACUUAAUCAAAUAAUAUCAUGUUCAAAUGAUCAGAAUACAGCUGUUGUCAUUGGUUGUAUACGAGCAAGUGCUAGUUCAGAAAUUCAACUAACCGAAAAUGGUUUUGCGGAAAUAAAAACUUCUCAAACUAAAUCAAAUGAUUUAAAAGGAUCACGUAGAAGACGAGGCACAAUGUCAACAGAUUUAAAUGACGAAAGUACUCUUCCAUCAAUGGUAAAUACUCGACAUAAACGUGAUUCAACAACAUCCUAUUUGACACAUUCGUCUUCUCAAGAUACUCAUCCAAGAAAAGUUGGUAUUCAAGAAAUGAGAGCUGAUGCUGUUACAGCAACAACAUCACGUUCAAUAAUUCGUCGUCAACCAAUCAUUCGUAAUGCACAAAUGCGUUGUGAUGCUGAUCAAACUGUAUUUAAAAUUCAUAAAGGUGUUAAAACAUUUGAUUUAUGUACAGAAAAAAAUGUUCUUGUUACUGGCGGAAUGGAUCGUGUUAUACGUUUAUGGAACCCAUAUUUACCAUCUCGACCUGUUGCUAGACUUCGUGGUCAUAAUGCACCUGUAUUUCUUGUUAAAAUAGCUGUUGAAGAUGAUCGAGUAUUUUCUAUAUCAACUGAUAAAACUGUUUUGAUUUUUAUCAUUUAUAUAUAA